AGAGGGUAGAAACAACAGUCCAACCAUGGACGAAACAACCAGCUGGCGUGCUGAAACUCAGACCUAGUGCAGAGAAGUAAAUGUGGUACUAUAGGAUAGGAGGAUGACAGGUGGGUCCACCAGAAGAGGGAGGAUAGAUGGGGGAGAGGGUGUCACGGGUGUGAGACCGAGGAGAGGGAAGAGAUGAGGUGGACGACGGCGAGAACUGGCUGCGGAAGCUACUCGCUGGAGCUGGAGUGGCUCUCCAUGGAAAAUGCUCUCGCCGUUUGGGAAGAGGAAGAAGAGACCUCCUCCUUGCCCCUUUGCAGCGCUGUUAGGGUAUAAAUACCAUUGCCCUGCCGCGCGAAGCUCUGACUCCCUCGCCUCUCGCCACUGCUGCUGGCCCCUCCCUCCUUCCGGGGAAGCAGUUUUGCAAGGUGUCUAUAUAGAAGCCUGUGGUGAUCGAUACCACAGACACACGGUGAACAGACAAGAUGGGGAGUUCGCGCAAGAUCACCUCUCUUCUCCUCAUGUUCUGCCUGGCGGUGCUGGUGAGAGCGGAGUAUGCCAAGUACAAGGAUCCGAAGCAGCCUCUCGCCGUUCGCAUCAACGAUCUUCUUGGCCGUAUGACUCUGGCCGAAAAGAUCGGCCAGAUGACUCAGAUUGAGAGGGUGAACGCCACGGCAGAGGCCAUGUCCAAAUACUUCAUAGGCAGCGUACUGAGUGGUGGGGGCAGCGUGCCUGCUCCUCAAGCAUCUGCUCAGGCUUGGGCUUCGAUGGUGAAUGAGAUGCAAAGGGGUUCUCUUUCUACCCGCCUUGGCAUUCCGAUGAUCUAUGGUAUUGAUGCUGUCCAUGGCAACAAUAAUGCCUACAGAGCUACUAUCUUUCCCCACAAUAUUGGGCUUGGAGCUACCAGGGACCCUAUGCUGGUGAAGAGGAUAGGAGAAGCAACUGCUCUUGAAGUUAGAGCAACCGGAAUCUCUUACGCCUUUGCUCCGUGCAUUGCGGUUUGUAGAGACCCAAGAUGGGGACGGUGCUACGAAAGCUAUAGCGAAGACCCAAAGGUUGUCCAGUCAAUGACCACGCUCAUCUCUGGCUUGCAAGGCGAUGCGCCAUCAGAUUACACAGGAAGGCCAUAUGUUGGUGGAAGUAAGAAGGUCGCGGCAUGCGCUAAACACUAUGUCGGUGAUGGUGGAACAUACAUGGGAAUCAACGCAAACAACACAAUCAUCGAUACGCAUGGGCUGAUGAGCAUCCAUAUGCCUGCCUAUUAUAAUUCCAUCAUCAGAGGUGUCUCCACAGUUAUGGUCUCCUACUCUAGUUGGAACGGGGAGAAAAUGCACGCUAACCAUUUCCUUAUCACUGAUUUUCUCAAGAACAAGCUCAAAUUUAGGGGUUUUGUGAUUACAGACUAUGAAGGCAUCGAUCAGAUCACCUCUCCGCCAGGCGUAAACUAUUCUUAUUCAGUUGAGGCUGGAAUUGGUGCCGGUAUUGACAUGGUCAUGGUCCCUUUUGCCUACACAGAAUUCAUCGAUGAUCUGACGUACCAAGUUAAGAACAAUAUUAUCCUCAUGAGCAGAAUCGACGAUGCUGUCUACAGGAUUCUUAGGGUCAAGUUCACUAUGGGUCUUUUUGAGAACCCUUUCGCCGAUCCAAGCCUCGCCGGUGAAAUUGGCAGCCAUGAACACCGCGAAGUUGCCCGUGAAGCUGUCAGGAAAUCCCUGGUGUUGCUGAAGAACGGAAAAUCUGCCUCCACUCCGUUGCUGCCUCUCCCGAAGAAGGCCCGUAAGAUCCUCGUCGCCGGGAGCCACGCCGACAACCUGGGCAACCAGUGUGGAGGGUGGACUAUCACAUGGCAAGGAGAGCCUGGCAAUAACAACACUGCAGGCACGACGAUCCUCUCGGCGAUCAAGUCGACGGUCGACCCCGGCACGCAGGUGGUCUACGCCGAGAACCCGGACAGAAGCGCCGUGGAUGCCGGCGAGUACGACUACGCCAUCGUGGUGGUCGGUGAGCCGCCGUAUGCCGAGACAGCGGGCGACAACCUGAACCUGACGAUCCCGGAGCCCGGCCCGGCCGUGAUCCAGACCGUCUGCGAGAGCGUCAAGUGCGUGGUGGUGCUCAUCUCAGGCAGGCCGCUGGUGGUGGAGCCGUACAUCGGCGCCAUGGACGCGUUCGUGGCCGCGUGGCUGCCCGGCUCGGAGGGUCAGGGCGUUGCCGACGUGCUCUUCGGCGACUACGGGUUCACCGGGAAGCUGCCGCGGACGUGGUUCAGGUCGGUGGACCAGCUGCCGAUGAACGUCGGCGACGAGCAUUACGACCCGCUGUUUCCCUUCGGGUUCGGGCUCACCACGGAGGCGAGGAAAUGAGUCGGGUGCGAUGAGUGCUGUAAGACAUGAGAUGCUACAGAUGCUUAUGUCAUUGUGCACAAAAUAACGAGAUGGUAAAUCAUG